CAUCUUCAUUUCGAAUUCAUUAGUUCCUCAGGUUGAAUUUGAAAUGUCGAGUUCUUCACAAACCUCAAACUUCAACCACUUUUGGCCUGAAGGUGACUUUGUAAUCUGUAACCAUGGAGUUCGGGCUGAGAUUGGGACGUCGAGGACUGAUAAUAAUCCGGGAAGACGAUUUUAUCGUUGUCCGUCUUGGAAGAGUGAUGACUGUAAAUUCUUUCGGUGGAUUGAACCGACUUCUCCCCUGAGCCGGGAAAUUCUCCUUAAUAGGACGAAUAAAGAAAUGGCCGAGUUCGCAGAAAGAUGGAGAUGUGCACACUUGAAGGCGGUUUCUCUGGAAGAGGAACUAAAUGCGAAGAUUGCAGAGUUCAAUGACAAGCUCGAAGAGUGUAAUGCUAAGAUUGAAGAGUGUGAAAUGCUGAAAUCGAUGGUUGAAGAUUUAGGAAGCACCACGCUAAAGUUGAAGCUGUUGAUCUUCCUUUUGUGUGUCGUAAUUUUCUUCAUUAUGUAGUAACAUUUUUGUUGUAA